UCCUGCGCGCCAUGGCGGACACGGAAGCAAACCUGUUGCGCCAUUUCCCGCUGCUGCUUCCUCAGAAUCUGGAGAAAACUGUGUAUGAGGGCUUCAUUUCGGCUCAGGGACGGGAUUUCCACCUCAGGAUAGAACUGCCCAAAGACCUGCAGCUGAAGAAGGCGAGAUUACUGUGUAGCUGGCAGCUGAAAAAUAUACUUAAUGAAUAUCAUCAAGUAGUCCAACAGAGAAUGAAGCACUCUCCUGAUCUAAUGAGCUUCAUGAUGGAGUUGAAGAUCAUUUUGGAAGCAGCUUUAAAGAAAAAACAAGAGUUAUAUGUGCAACCACCUUCUUGCAGUUUCUGCAAAGACCUUCUUACUGAGAUAGGAGCCAUUGGCUGGGAUAAACUCGCAUGUGUGGAUACGUCCUUCACCACCAUCAAGUUAAAAGCAGAUGACGCUUCCGGUAGAAAGCACCUAAUCACUGUCAAGUUGAAGGCGAAGUACCCUGUAGAGCCACCAGAUUGCCUUGUGGACUUUCCUAUUCCAUUUUCUGUUUCCUGGACACCACAGAGCUCCUUGGUAAAUGUUUACAGUCAGUUCUCAGCAGCGUUAGAGACACUGAAGGCAUUCUGGGAUGUUAUGGAUGAAAUUGAUGAGAAGACUUGGGUGCUGGAACCGGAGAAACCUCCCCGAAGCGCGACAGCACGCAGGAUUGCAUUAGGGCAUGAUGUCUCCAUAAACAUAGAGGUAGACCCCAGGCACCCUACCAUGCUUCCUGAGUUUUGCUUUCUUGGAGCUGACCAUGUGACAAAGCCCCUUGGAAUGAGGCUGAGUGGGAACAUUCAUUUAUGGGAUCCAGAAAACAGUCUAUUACAGAAUUUGAAAGAUGUUUUAGAAAUUGAUUUCCCAGCUCGUACUGUCCUGGAAAAAUCUGACUUUAGCAUGGACUGUGGUAUCUGUUAUGCCCGUCACCUGAAUGGUGCCAUCCCUGAUCAAGUGUGUAACAAUCCCCAGUGUGGACAGCUUUUCCAUCAGAUAUGCUUGUAUGAGUGGCUGAGAGGGCUGAGCAGCUGCCGACAGAGUUUCAACGUCUUCUUUGGUGAAUGUCCCUACUGUAGUAAGCCAAUUACCUUGAAAAUGUCUGGGAGAAAACCCUGAAUGGAACCCACCUGUGAAGAGACGGAAUGCUUAAAACUGUUUAAAGAUAAAAACAAAAGCAAAAGCCAGUUUAUUCAGUGACUUCAGAGAAAACACAAAGCAAGACAUACUAAUGUGAGCAGGCAGAGUAUAGUGAGUCCAUAGUAGUACACGUCGGCCUUCGCCUCGUCACUCAGAGUCAGCUGAAGAACCGCAGGCCAGAAUCUUGGAGAGCUUUCCAAGUCGGUGACGCCCAGAUUGCUCGUGGGCUGGGAUCCGUACUGGGGCAGGGGUCUUGGCUUCCUGAUGGGAUCUCUCCUGGUGCAGUCCAGAUAGGGCUUACAGCGUGAGCCUUGGAAACGUGGAUAGCUCUGUGUCUGUCGGAAAGUCUGCAUUUCACUGAAAGUAUCAGAAUACUCACGUACUUUCCUUGUUCUGGAGUUUUCCUAUGAAAGAGAUAUUUUGUUAGAUUUGAGUUAUUGAGGCAUUUAUUAUGUACUCUUUAACAAUGCUAAAUAAAACAAUACACCAAGCUA